AUGGAUGCACAGUCAGAACCGAAACUGGUGCUAAAAAGAACCACCAAGUUGUCUCUAAAUGAGCGCUUUACUAUGCUGCUGGAGAACAAACAGCCCACGCCAGUGACUAUUCGGGCUUCGCUGCAGCAGCAGCAGGUAGCCAACGCCAGAAACAGAAGACUGGCCCAGCAGAUGGAGAAUAGACCCUCUGUUCGGGCAGCAUCAAAUUUGAGGCAGCGCCUGGGUAACAAGAGGAACAUCCAGGCUCCCUUAGGCCUACCCAGAGGUGACCUGUCCAGGGGAGCGAUUGGAGGACGAGGCCUGCCCAAAAUCCAGGGAGGCUUUUGCCGAGGACGAGGAAGUGGAAGAGGAAGAGGAAGGGGAGGACUACGUGGGGGACUUGCCACCAGAAGCCUGCCAAGGGGCGGGUUGUCAUUCCAAGGUCGAAGCCCACUCCUCCGAGGUGAACAAGACUUUACUGCCCCUCAAAUGGACUCAAGAGGUGGUGCUGUUCCAGGUCCUGGAGGUCCUGGGAGAAGGGGCCGAGGGCAUGCAGCUAGGGGUCGUGGUGGAAUCGGUGGUAGAGGUCUGGCUGUGAUAGGUUGGGGAAGAGGGAACUUUGGAUGCCGUGGUCGAGGCAGAGGUGCCCGUACUAGCCCUGCAUUGACCAAGGAGCAGCUGGACAAAGAACUGGAUGCAUAUAUGUCCAACACUAAAGCACGCCUGGAUGCUGAGUUGGAUGCUUACAUGGCAGAGGCAGAUUCUGAAACUGAGGCCUGCAUGGAUGCUGAGUUGGAUGCCUACAUGGCAGAGGCAAAUUCUGAAACUGAAGCCUGCCUGGAUGCUGAGAUGGAUGCCUACAUGGCAGAGGCAGAUACUGAAACUGAAGCCUGCCUGGAUGCUGAGAUGGAUGCCUACAUGGCAGAGGCAGAUUCUGAAACUGAAGCCUGCCUGCCUGCCUCUUAG